AUGGCUUCUGUCCUCAACAACAAAAUUCACCCUCCUGGGACUUGCCCGAGUUCCACAGCCGACGCUCGUGGUGGCGCCGCCUGGAGAAUGGACUGCGAUCCCGAGAUGCACGUGAAAAUGUGCAAAAAGAUCGCCCAGCUCACCAAGGUGAUUUAUGCCCUGAACACCCGUCAGGAUGAGGCUGAGGCCAGCAUGGAAGCCCUGCGCGAAGCCCACCAGGAGGAACUCCAGGACGCGGUGGCCAAAGCCAAGGCCAAGCUCCUGCAGGAAAAGGGCUGCAAUGAAGACCAGGAGACACUCCUCCAGCGCAUCCAGACCCUGGAGAGUGCCCUCGAGCUACAGAAGAGGCUGACACAGGAGGCGCUGGCUGAGUCGGCCACAUGCAGACUGGAGACCAAAGAGAGGGAACUGCGGGUGGAGGCAGAGCACGCCGAGCGGGUGCUGACGCUCUCCAAGGAAAUGCUAGAGCUCAAGGCCGACUACGAGAAGAGGCUGCGGCACCUGAGCAGCCAUGAAGUGCCCCAGUGGGGCCGGCUUUCCCAGGAGAGCCCAGAUGCCAAGGCAGAGCCAGGCCAGGGCCCUGAAAUGCAGGACGUGCUGCUGGAGGUGGAGCGGCUGCGGGUGGAGAACCAGCAGCUAAGCCAGGACUAUGCCCGCAAGGCAGAGGAGCUCCAGGCCACCUACGAACGGGAGAACGAGGCCAUCCGACAGGCCAUGCAGCAGUCCGUGAGCGAGGCCCUAUGGCAGUGGCAGGAGAAGGAGACCGAUCUCCGCAAGAACUUCCAGGUCCAGGAGUCAGCCCUGCAGUCCCAGGUCAGGAAGCUGGAGGGCGACCUGGAGCACCGAGGCCGCAAGAUCAGUGACCUGAAGAAAUAUGCGCAGAGGCUGAAAGAGAGGAUUCAGGACCUGGAUGUGCAGCUCAAGGAGGCUCGGCGAGAGAACACGGAGUUGAAAAGUACUGCAAAAAAGCUUGGGGAGAAGCUGGCAGUAGCCAAAGACAGACUGAUGUUGCAGGAGUGUCAUGUGGCACAGAAAGCUGAUGACAUGAAGACUGAGCGAGUUCCAGAGAAUGAAGUCCUGGUGGAAGCGAAUGACUCAGAAGCCUGCAGUCUUCAUUCUCAGCAGGACCAAAGCUCUCUCAAGGAGUGUUCAUGCGCCAAAGUUGGCACAGACACACAGACCAAAAGAGAUGCAAGCAUUGAGGCAGAAUAUAUGAAGCAACGAUUUGAAGAAGACCUUCGUAAAAUCAAACACCAGACGGACGAGGAGAAGAAGCGCCUAAAAGAGCAGCUGGUAAAGCGCCUGGAAGACUUGGUGAAAAAGCACACCCUGGAAAUCAAAUCAGUUCGCUCAGCUGUCGAAGCUGAAAGAAAGAAGCUGCAGAAGGAAGUAGAAGCCCGGUUGGAGGAAGUGAAGAAGAAAUCAGAACAGGACAUACAGCAGCUGGAAGAAGAGAAAGCAACCCUCAGCGUGAAGCUCCAGAGCUGCCUGCUUGAGGUCUUAAGGCUGGAAGAAUUUAUCCAACAAAAUAAAGUCUGUUCCCAAAGAGCUGAGGAAAAGUCCCAGGAAUUAGACUGCCAAUGCCAUAGCAUUUUGGAGACCCAGGAUCUGUGCUUGCAACUGAAGGAACCUUCCAAGAUGCCACCCAGAGGAGAGGGUCAGGACCAGCUGGCCACCAAAGAGGGAAGCAGCAGCGACGACGAGGAAAGGAUCAAAGUGUCCCUCAAGGAAGGAAGUGACCUACAACCCUCAGAGGAUUCUUUGUGGAAGAAGGAGGCCCCCAAAAUCCAGCAUCUGCAGGGGGACUGGCAGAGCCAGAAGAUAAAAUUGCAAGCACAGGUAGAAGGGCAACUCUGGGGGUGGGAGACAGACUGCACUGUACAAGAGCUCAAGUCACUGCAAGGAGAGAGGCUCUGCAGCACGGGCUCCAGGAGAACGCCCAGCUGCCAAGUCCUGACAGCCCAGCUCAAGGCUGCCCACCAGCAAGCUCUACACACGCCCAAGAAGGCCAAAGACAAGGACCUCAAGGCCACAGAGGAGCACCCCAAGAAGGAAUCCAGCCACAGCCUCCAGAUCCAACAGCAAGCACACCAGACCCUGGAGGAGAAGGCAAGGCAAGAGAAGAUGCAGACACAGCACGGCCUGCUGCUAGAGUCCGUCGGGCAGGAGCUGUUAGGGCCACAGGCGGCCGGCUCUGAGCACCAGCAGGAUCUGGAGGAGCUGCGGGUCCAGCUGAAGACACUGGGCAGCUUGGGCGGAGGGCAGGCUGUGACCCAGUAUCUGGGCGACAGGGAGGACCACACCCUCAGCACAGAGGGGGCUGGCCACCCGGGCCAGGUCAGUUCCCUGCCCGGUGUGGGCGAGCAGGGGCUGAGCCCCCGGUGCCGGCUGCGGGAGGAGAACGCGCAGCUCCAGGACACAGUGCGGCGGCUGCGGGCCGAGGUGGAGCAGCACCAGCAGGAGGCGCUGCAGCUCCGCGGGCAGCACAGGCUGCUGGAGGAGCAGCAGCAAGCCCAGCGGGCCAGGGAGGUGGAGUCGUUGCGCCAGGAGCACCGGAAGGAGAUGCAGGCCAUGGUGGCGGAGUUCAGCGGUGCCCAGGCCCGGCUGCAGGCCCGGCUGGCUGCCCUGGAAGCUGAACUGAAAGAUUCCGGAGAGAAGCCGGGAAAGGGGCCAUCCAGGCCUGAGGACCUGCAGCUGAUAGGCCGCCUGCAGACGCGCUUGAAGGAGAGAGAGGACACCAUCAAGCAACUCAUGGAAGAGAGAAGAUUGCAGUGUGCAGCUUUCCCCAGCCCAGUGUCCCAUCGGAACCGGUCCUUUUCUUUCAAUCCUCAUCCAGGAUAUUUGACCCCUUCCAUGAAGAAGAAGAGGAUGGAGGAAGUGCCCAGCCGAGUGGUCAGCGUGCCAAACCUCGCCUCUUAUGCUAAGAACUUUCUAAGUGGAGAUCUGAGUUCCAGAAUCAAUGCCCCCCCAAUAACUAAGUCACCCAGCUUGGACCCAAGCCCCAGCUGUGGCCGGCCUUAUAAGCUCACCCAGCCUCCAGAUGUGAAAACUGCCAUAAGGACACAAGAUGGUGAAACAGCCGAACCCAAAGAGGCACAGAAGCCAGGCUCUGCCCACCAGGAGUGGUUCACUAAAUACUUCUCCUUCUAAACUGGUUUUUAGGACACAUGACAAACAGGAUUUAGGGAAAUUUCUCUUAAAAUGUCUGAUUGGAGGAAUGAAAAAAACAGAUGACAUGCCUGUAAUCUGGUUUCUUUAUGAUAGCCGAAACAAAUUUUGACAUUAAUGUUUUAUACCAUUUCAUAGUGACCUCAAUUCAUUAAAAAAAAAAAAAAGCCUUGAUGUUAGAUCAAACCAAUCAGUGUUAGUGAAAAAGCAGGAAUAGGAAAAUGUCAUGAAUGCCACUGUGACCUACACAUUGUGUUUCUGGUGACUCUGACAUUGUAUUCCAAUUUGAUGCGUAUGAAACUUUGUGAUUCCCAUGGUCUGCUUUACAAGUGGUUUCAUUUUUUCCUUAGGAUGCCAGCCAGCCAUCACUCUUGGAAGUUAUUUCUAUUUAAAAUUAUGUAAUUCCAAAAUGCACAUCUGACCUCAAAAGGAUGAAAGUAAAACAAAGCUCAAAAUAAAUACAAAAGUGAAUUAGAAAAGAGCAACCAUAACACAUGAACUAGGAAUGUCCUAUGGCCUGCUUGGAGUUAGCACUCUGACUGCCUAGGUCUAGGAAAGCAGCUGAUUACAGAGGACGUAACACCUACCUCAAAAGGAGCUUUGCAAGGAUGGAUUAAGCAAGACAAUAUGGUAGAUAUCAACCUUCUUGGAAUGAUCAAACCCUGCCCCAACAGGCAUCUGAAUUUCUGUGACUGUGGCAUCAACUUGGUUACUUGUGGAGGUUUCUAGACUGUUAUUUGAAGUGGAAGAUCCAUGAACCUCCACUCACUGGGACUGGGUCCUUUGCAUGGUGGUGCGGUGCUUUCCCACUGCACAUGGCCUCAGAAGAGGGAACGAGGAAAGGCUGUUCACGGUGCUGACCUUGCCCUUGGUCCACUCCCUGGCUUGAUACCAACAACUUGUGGUGAGCAAAAUGUUUUCUCAGACCUUUGGUGCUGGCCCAACAGUUGGCCCAUAAGCAGAUGUUCAUUCUAUGCUCUUUGAAUAAAACUAAACAACUGGACAAGAAA